UUUUGUUUUUUUCUUUUUUUGUCUUUCUUUUAUUAACACUAAACUUAUUUUCAGUACUCUAUCAAAGCAUUUCUGUGCCAAUGGAUAAGACCGACUGUGAUUUGUAAUGGUGUUUCUAACCAUUUUUAUUGGCUGCAUUUAAGGGUAGGGAUAACUGUGCACCUGCUACCUCUUGAUCUUAAUUAGUCCCUGCUCAGGCUGCAGUAACUGAGCCACAGGUAAAUAUCUGAGCUCUGCAGACAACCUUUUAACCAGGUCUAAAAUACUUAUUUAGACAGCAGACAGACAGCCUUCUUUAAAGAAUAUCAUCUUUAAAAAACUAAACUUACCUGAUCUCACUCCAUCCAGAUUUAUUUAAAAAAAACAAGUAAGUUUAGAUCCUUUAUUUUGUUUUUUGUUUUUGUUUUUUUAAAGCUGUAUUAUAAUGAAAAUAAAGACUUGUUAUAAGAAGACUUUCGAAAGACUUUUACUUCUUAAGAAGGGAGUGGUUUUGCAUGCUACCACAGUUGGGACAGAAACUCGAGUGGCAACUUCUUGCAACAGCGCAUGACAAGCAGGUUCCUCUGAGUCCGCCCACCAACACUGAACUUACAGCUUUAGGUGAUGAUUCGUUUCAGAAGCCUGAAGUGCUACAGAUGCCAUCCUUGUUUGCAGACUUACUAAUUGCUGAUAUUGUUCAGCUAGCGUGAACGCUGUAUCACAAGAAAAACUAUUAAACAAUUACUUCCAAUACUCAUGCGUCUCCUGAGCUGGUGAGCUCAUCAAGUGAUAAAUUCAUCCCGCAGGUGUAGUCAUGGGAAGCAGGUGGCUGGUGGUUCCCACGCCGACAGCGCAGAGUUUAGUAGAUUGAGAGCGAGAGAGGGAGCGAGCUUGUCUCUACAUGCCCUCGAGGUUUGUGCUAGAAAGUGUGUAGUCUAACUGUCUAGUGGAUUAGCGACUCUCUAACAUUAGAGGCGUGAUGAGCAAAGCAAUCGCAAAACCGACUGCCGAGUGAAAGUGCGAAACAUGUGGAGGUGUUUGCAGGCUGCCGUCAAUCAACCAAAACGAAACUAGGACAGAACUGCAUCUAUGCAAACGUGUGGCAACAUUUUUGCAUAUGGUAGGCUACUUUACAUAUUUGGGUAUAUUUCUGUUUGGUGUCCAAAGCACUGUGAAGUUGCAGAAAUACAUUAGCCCGAGGGCUCGGUGUUUUGUGCAGCUAGAGAUUUUCUGGCUGAGCAGCUGAAGAAAAACUCACCGAAAAAUCAACCACUUUUUACGGUAACCAGUCAAACAACUUGAGCAGGCUCAUUACUUGACAGCAAGCUUGGGAAUCUGGUACAGAGUAGGGUUGGGCAUUUGGAUGGAUUUACUGGCAUCGGCAACUGGCCUAGUCCAUUGACAUUUGUGACUUUUUUUGUAAGACGGGUGUGUUUUGUUUUUUUUGCCGAUUUAUUGGCAUGUUUACUUUAGAAUAGAGGUACUUCAGUAAAAUCUAAACCAUUACUAAAUCUCCAACUAUGACACGCUAUACUCUUCUUUCAGAAUCAAGAUGGAGACUGUUCAAGAACGCAAGCCAAAAAGACCCCACUAUAUUCCCCGACCACCAGGCAAGCCUUUCAAGUACCAGUGCUUCCAGUGCCCGUUCACCUGCAACGAAAAGUCCCAUCUUUUCAACCAUAUGAAAUACAACUUGUGUGAAAACUCCAUCUCCCUCGUAUCACAGAAAAGUGGGCAAACAGCUAGACAGAUGAAGGCAAUGGCAAAAGCAAUCCCUCCUAAAACUAAGGAUUUAACAAAUGCCCAACCAGCAGUUCAGAACAACACAGAGAAGCAGGGAGCUGAAGAGAAGAAAGCUGAGAGCACAGAUGACACAGAAAAGGUCGAUGUAGGGUGUGACAGUCCAGUCAUCAAGGACAGUCAGAGUGCAGCAAAUCCAAAUAUGGUUUCAGAGACACAGAGCACGGAAAGCAAUGAGGAAAAGGAUCAGACGCGCCCAUCUGCCUUCUCACCUGUCACACCCAACCGUGACGGAGCAGAAGCUUUCAAGACACCUGUGAAGCAGACCGAGGACUUGCAAGCUCCUGUUCCCACUUUCAACCACCCACGCUUCCCAUGGAGCACGGUUUCAUCAUCCAUUCCCUUAAAAUCAUUCGCGCCUCUCUUGGUUCCCGAAUAUUCUCCUUAUCUCCAGCCUGAUCGGCCCCUAUAUCCACCUUACUAUCUUCCAGGAAAUCACCAUGUGAAUGAGCCAAAUUCUCCUUCCUUUAAUGCAGAUUUUCUGGAUCCCCAGAGGCCUAUGGUACAACAACCAGUGACUCCAGCUAACACUUCCCCAUUUCCCUCUUUCCCAUACAGGUACUGCCAUCCUCUUCACCCAGGGCACCCUCUGCCUUACACUCUGUACAGACCCCACGAGCUUUCUAUGCCAAUUGCAGGACACAGAUAUAUUCCUUUGGAUAUGUAUGGCCCAACUUUUGGCCAUAAAGACUAUGACUUGUACAUACAUUCACGUGCCAGUCUGAACCACCCACACACUUCUACACAAGCAGAGAGCCACCAUGGGCAAAGUGGAGACAAGGCAACAAGGCUGAGUCCCAAAGAGGGCAGCUCAGCUCUGGGAUCCCCUGACAGACCCAGCCAAGCUCACAUCAUCCAGCGAGACAUCGAGGCGCUGAAGUACACCAACAUCAGUGAGUCACAGAUCGGCCCACAACUAGGAAACACGUCUACAGUGGUGCAACCCAUCAAAAAUGACUUAAGACCAGAGGAGUGUGCAGAAAUGUCAGCUCAGCAUGUAGACAGAGGAUUCGCUGAGAACAGCAGAUUUUCCUUCAUGUCUGAUUCUGAUCCACAUCCUGAAACUUCAUCAGAGCGUCAUGAAGUCGACAGCACAGAUGAUAUGGCUCCCCUCAACCUCUCAACAAGAAACCAAGACAAGGAAAAAAUUCAGUCUGUCGACAGACUGAGCUGCUCAGACACAGUGAAAUCAACAGAGCAUGAGUCGCCCCUGAACCUCAGCCUCAGAACUUCUCAGACCAGCCCUGUAUGCAGCUCUCCAACAAGCACUUUAGAAGAUCUUCAGCAGAGCUCCAUUGAAAAGCUGGAUGAAGAGCCUUGUGACCAGAGGCAGACUGCAGCUCUAGCACUCUGUCAGCUAGCCAUUGCAAGCUCUGCAGCGUCUUCACGUGACUUCAGUACUAUAGACGAGCCCUUGACAGAUUCCACAGAAGCUAAAAGUCCUGUUUAUCAAGAGAAGAGCAAACAAACGACCAGGGCCAAGGCAACAGCAAUCAAAAGACCACACAGUGGAAAGGCUGAAAACAAAUGCCAUAAACCCAAGAGAGUAAAAGCGCCCGGACGGGUUCUGAGGAGGAGAUCUCGUUGCUGCUAACAACUAAACUCUGACUAUAAUAAGGACUAUCUCUGAUCUAAAGUCUAAAAGCCUCAUUGAUAAUGGACUUCUUAUUGUAUUGAUUUAGCACUGAAAGAUUUGACUGUUUUAGCCAAUAGCACUGCUACAAGGUUAAAAAUGUAAAAUGUUACACUGUUCUUUUUUUUUUUUUAAAUCUCAGAAAUGACUUGAAAAGGUGAUGAGCAAAUUUUGCAAGUUUUCUAAAAGUUGAACAAUUUUGUAAAGCAGACAACUGUAAAUGUCAUGUCAUAUGUAUAAAGAUGCUUAAUAAAAUAAUAAAAGUUG